GUGUCUCAUGUAGUGAAGGUCUCUGUGCGCGUAGUUGUAAAGUAGUGUUCUCCUUGUAAACGUUGGUGAAAUAUUGUACAUUCUUUUCACAAUUCAUACAUUUAUUCUAAACAAAAUCACUGCCUCAACAAUGUAACAACUUGAAAUCAAUGAGCAGCCCGAGUAAACCAAAAUCUCCUACUUGGAAGAAACGCCUGUCAACUAAGAAAGAGAAACCAGCCUGUGAAAUAAUGGCCAGGACUGAACCGUUCACUGCGGAUAAAAAUCAAGAACAUCCAUCCGAGAGUGAUCCUAAAGACGAUGAUUUAUUGCUUUUAGUACAGAAUACAACAAUAUCAAAUUCAGUAAAAAUUUAUAAAAUGGUGACCAUAUUACAGGAAAUGUUGGAACAGAACAAAAAACUAAUGAAUUUGAUAAAAGCGAAAAACCAAAAUGAAACAGAUGAAAUAUGUAAACAGAAUUCACCAUCUGAAGAUGGUAAAAGCGCUACCGAAGUUAAUAUAAAAGCUACUACUAAUGAAGUUUAUAAAAAAGUAGCCAACAAUGAAGUUAAACACAGCUUUUCAAAUGAUAAACUAAAUCAAAUACGUAAACAGAAUUCACCAUCUGAAAAUGAUAAAAAAGCUACCGAAAUUAAUAAAAACACUACUAUUAAUCGAGUUGUUAAAAAAGCUGCUACCAAUGAAGUUAAAUGUUGCUCCUCAAAAUAUAAACUAAAUAAAAUAUAUAAACAGAAUUCACCAUCUGAAGAUAAUAAAAAAGCUACUGAAAUUAAUAAAAAAGCGACUACUAAUGAAGUUGAUAAAAAAGCAGCCACCAGUGAAGUUAAACGCUGCACCACAAAAUUUAAACUAACUCAAGAUCACUUUGAAAAAACAAAUUUAAACUCUCAACGAAAACGAAAGUUAUCUUCUAGUGCAGUUUCAGAUCCACAAGCCCAUAUGAAAAAAUCACGCUUGGAAGAUUACCAAGAACAAGAUUUGAUUCCUACAAAUCUGAGAAGUAAACUUAUAAACAAGGAAGAGAUAGCAUGUACAAGUCACACAUGCACCAGCAACUUCACGUCAGAGACCAAAUUGGAAGAGACCAGGCAAUGUCAGGCCAAGGACUUGAUUUCCAGCGAUAACAAUUUGGAAAUCAAAGUUGCAGCUCUCAAGCAGAGUAACGACUGUAUUGGAUUUAGACAAUGGAUAAAAUGUAAUAAGGAACAACAACUCAGUAUGAAUGGAUUAGAACCAAAACAGCACCUUCCUACAAUAAUUGUAAAAGAAAGCAGCAACCUGUUGACUGAUAAUAGUGACGUUCCACUUCGUGGAAACAAGUGGAACGUUUUCAAGGUACACUCUCAGCUGGAGAAGCUUAUGGUAGAUUUACAAGCAUUCCUACAUGCAGUACUGAAAAAAGCAAUGCAAAACCCUUACGGCGAUUUGAAGCAUCACACCAACAAUAUUAAUCCGAGCUGGACUCUGAUAGAUUACAUUGUCGAGACAAACAAGAGAUGGUCAAUGAUUACAUCUUGUGAUUACACACCCAGGAUACGUAAUAUCUUUUCUAAGCUCAUAGUGUUAGUGAAAAAAUAUAGACGUGAUAAAGAAGACUUUACUGUUGCGGAUAUUGAUAGUACUUUUUCACUCUGCCAAGAUGUAGCUAACUUAGUUUCCAAGAAAUAUGUGAAUUCCACAGUCAUUUUUUUAAGAAACCUUACAAAACAUAGAAACGAAUGGGUGGCUACAUACAAAAGUACCUCGUAGAUAUUGAGUAUGGACUCCCAACACUGUGACACUAUGGAAUAUUCACAUCUGCCUCCGUAAAGAACAGAGCAGUUAGAGGGUGAGGGUGUGGCAGAGAAGGACGACGUGGCGUGGGAAGCAAAGGUAGAGGGAGAGGACUACACUAAAGACAUGAACUUUUGUGUUUUUAAUGUUUAAAAACAUAUGUUAUUAUUGUAUUGUAUGUCAGACCAUACACAUGUUAUUUGUAAUGUCCUUGUAUGUAUUCUAUUUUUUUAAUAAGAUGAUUUUAUAAGGCUGUGUCAAGUCUGAAAAUACUAUGUGCUAUACUAUUUACUCCAAAAUGAAGAAUGCUUUUGAAACUUUUAUUACUCUGAUGGACUUUGAGAAUCAAUCAUACAUUUAGCCAUAUAAAAGAUUUUUAGUGUAAUACGUUCAGAAAUGUACUUGACAUUAUUAAAACAUUUCUACGUUUUAGUGUUUGAAUAAAUAAUUCUAAAAUGUAAAUAAUCAUGCAAUAAAUUAAUCUGAUUUUGUAA